GUUAUGGAAUAUAUAAAGCGUUAGAAUUUAUUCUUAUUGCUAGACUUAGUAAAACUGUUAUUUUUUCAGAUUCAUAUAGUGCCCUUCAGGCCGUUGAAAAAUUUCCUUUUAAAUCAAAAUCCCACUCAAUUGUGAUAUUGAAUAUAAGAGAAAAGCUCGUAGAAUGUUUUUCCAAAAACUUAAUGGUAGUUUUAUGUUGGGUCCCUGGUCACGCUAAUAUAAAAGGAAAUGUUAAAGCGGACCGUUUGGCUAAUGAGGCGAUAACAAGUGGUGAUGUAUAUCCCUAUAUAAAUUAUUGCACCGAUCUGGCUGCACUUCCAAGUACUUUUCUCAGGGAAUCCUGGGAAAAGUGCUGGGAAGAAAGCAGUCAGAUAAAAGGCAAAUUAUAUUCGAAAGUCCAAUUGAAUAUACCGGAGAAGCCAUGGUUUUGCAAAUUGAAACUUGGCAAGCGAUCUACUAGUAUAUUAAUGAGAAUGCGCUUGGGUCAUGUGUGUUCGCCAACUCACCUUGCUAGACUUGGUAUUAAUGCUAGUACAGCUUGUGAAUGCGGUGAAGAAGAGGGUGACCUCAAUCACAUCUUCUUCGCUUGUCCACUUUUUGACAAUGCUAAUUUUAUUAGUCAACUCACUUCCUUUGGUGUUCCUUUUCCUUGUUGUAUUUCUUCCCUCCUCUUAUUUAAUGUAAAUAUUUAUAAAGCUAUUUCCUCAUUUAUUGUACAUAAUAAUAUUAAAAUAUAGUUUGUAUAUACCUAAUAUAUUAUAUUUACGUGUAUUAUCAUUAUUUACUUAGUAGAUAUUAAUAUAUUUUCGCUUAACCAACUUUCCUGACUUAAUCCAAAUUCCGAAUCCUAUUUUCUUUCUGUAAUAUUAUGUUUCCCUAGCUUUAUUGACAUUGGCGUAGCACAGCAACUCAGUGCUUGUAGCCAUAUAAUAGAAAAAAAAAAAACUAACUAACUAACUGCUAACCUAGCCCUGUUUUGACGUUUCUUACAUAUAUUUUUAUAUAUAGAAGUCCCGUCUCUUCUUACGUAGUAUUUGUAUUCUCUUUGCUAGAAAAUAGAAAUUAAGCUCAAGCAAAAGAUCCUGUUUUCACGUACAUGAGCAAUCUAUUUUAUUGCUAUAAUAGUACGUACUACUACUACGUAGCCUGUGUGUUAGUAUUAUAACUGUUAUUCAGCUGCUGUGUUCAAUAGUUGCUACACUCUACCUAGUGUGAAAAACUCAAGAUGGUUUGAUAGUCCAACGAAUAACUGAAUAAGUUCGUAGUGAAUUGUGUUUUGGUAUUUAAUGAUUGUUACCGGCUAAGUUACGGUGCAUCAGUGAAGAGUUAACACAGACGAGGUAUCUGGACAGUGCGGCAGGAGUAUGGUGCUGGCCAUGGCAGGCGCGUGGCGAGCUUCCGACCGGCCACAGAUGGAGCGCGCCCGCGACGACGCGGCCACACUGCACGAGCGACUCGUCGCGUACGUGCACGCGCUGUCCGACCCGCACGAGGCGCGCACCGGCGUCUGGAUGGAGCACUCGUACGCACGCGCGCGCGGCGCCGCCCCGCCCGCCGCCGGCGACGCGCGCGUGCUGCUCGCGCCGCCGCCCGCGCCGCGCCCCGCCGCCGACGUCGACGUGGAGUGCCUCGACCCGCCGCCGCCCGACCUGCCCUUCGACGACCCGACGCCGCCGCUCUGUGACUCCGACGACGACCCGGACGACGACGCACACGAUGACUGGGAGCAGCGCGUCACUGCCCACGCGCCCACCGCCGAGUGCGCGCGACUCGCGGAGCGCGCCGCCGAGGUUCUGCGCGCGCAGCGGCUGGCGGUGCUGGCGCGCGGCGGCGCGGGUCGGCGGGAAGCGGCGCGGGCGGCGUGCCGGCGGCUACGAUCCGCACUCGCGCCCACCUGGGCCGCGGUCGGCGCGCAGCCCCGCGCGCCUGCGUGGUUGCACUCGACGUUGAUGGCGCACUUGCCGCGACAAUUUCGAUCGUUGUACGAGGAGGCGGUCGCCGAGCUGCGCCGAUCGGCGCCGCGACUGGCGGACAGGAUGGGUGUGGCGCGGACGGAUCUCGUGGAGCCGGAGCCCGAGCUGGAGGGCGCGGCGGUUGACGGAAGCGUGGACCCUUGGCUGGUGUGGCUGGAAGCGGGCGGCGCGAAAGGGCGCUGGGCGCGGCGGCUGCGUUCGCUGGUGCACACGCGCGCGCUGCCGGUAGAUGGUGGAGUAUGCGCAGCGCCAGAGGUGUGGUGCGCAAGCGCAGCUGCGACGGCGCGCGCUGCACUGGCGGACAUCCUCGCCGAGGCGGGAGAUCGCAGCGUGGUGUUGGGCGGGGCGGGCGGCGGCGCGGCGCUGGCGGCGGCGCUGGCGACGGACGCGGCGUGCGCGGCGCGCGUGCGCGGGCUGGUGCUGCUGGCGCCGCGGCUGGCGUGGGGCGUGCGCGGCGCGGAGUGGGCGACGGAGCUGCGGCUGCCGGUGCUGCUGGCGUGCGGCGCGGGCGCGGCGGCGGCGCGGGCGGCGUGCGCGCGCAGGCCGGCGCGGCGCGCGCUGGAGUGUCGCGGCGCCGACGCGGCGCUGCGCGCGCCCGCCGCCCUGCGCGCGCGCCUGCGCCUGCCGCAGCGCGCGCUCGACGCGGCGAUCGCGGAGGAGUGUGUACGCUGGGCGCUCGAGGUGUCGGAGGGCGGGACUAGUUCGGAGAGUGUGGAGCCGGGGAGGACGCGCCGCUCGGCUCCCCCCUCCCCCUCGCCGCCGCUCGCCCCCAAAUUCCAGUCGCGCCGUUCGCCAGCGGCCUCAGAGCCCAAAUUUUUUUAUCCAAGAUCCGUCCCGCGCGGCGACGGCGAGCCCGCCACCGACACAUCUCCACUGCACGCCACCUCCACCGCCGCCGUGCACGCGACUACUCGAGCCAUCGAGAUCGUCGAGGGGCGCGUGGUGUCGCGCGUGUCGGGCGGCACGCCGCUCGCGCUGCUGCCGCCGCGCCGCGUCCCCCCCGCGGGCCCCGCCCCGGCCCCCGCCGUCGCCGUCGCCGCCGCCUCCGCGCCGCUCGCCGCCGCCGACAUCAUGCAGAUGCCAAUAGUAUUCGCGGACGACGAGAACGCAGACGACGGCGCAGGAGCGCGCGGCGCUCGGCGCGGGCGGCGCGCGCGCGACGCUCUCGCCUUCCACGCGGAGGGCGCGGGCGGCGCGGGUGGCGGGGAGGGGCGCGCUCACGGUGCGUAG